UUCGAUGUCUCAAACUCCCUUAUCUCUCUUUAACUUCCUCCCUGUGACACGUUCAUUUCAUAAUCAGUAAAAACUUUGCUCACGUAUCUUUUGCAGAAGUUUGGAACCCUCUGCAUCCUCAGAUCUUUAGAGUUCCUAUCUUUUAACCUCUGUGUUAUGAGGAAGAGCGUUCACCUCUGAGCUUAGAGUCUCGUGUUUCAUCAGGAGAGGAGUCACUGUAGUCGUUUCGUGGUUAUUUAAAGUUGUGGGAGCUGAAUCUUAAUAUUUACUGGAUGAAUCUAAGAGUGGUGUGAAGAAACUGGACGAGUAAAUCCCCCAAACUUUCCUGAUGACCUGUAAAGUCUCUGACUGUGAGGAAUCCCUCAGAGGACACACCUUUCCUCCUCCUGGGCCUCCUCGCUGUGACGAUGAGCUUCAUGUUUACUCUGCUGGUCUCGUGUUUGUUUGACAGGAGUCAGUCGGGAUGGUUAAACUGCUGCUGCUUCAAAUCUUGCUGAGCUGGAACUGAGAGAACAAGUGAUCAUGGCUGCGGUCGGAGCAGAGGUCACCGGGUCGCCGCUCUUCCUCUCCUCAGGAGUGGUCGGCUUCUUCAUCCUCCUGCUGCUGCUCUCCAUCUUCCUCACUGCUCUCUGCAGCGACUGUGGCAGACGUUCGUUUGAGCUUCGAGAGCCGGACGACAAAAACCCUUCAGCUCUGAUACGAGUGGUGAAGCUGGAGGAGGCCAUGGUGGCGAGAGAGAAUCCCAUGAUCAGCGAGAUCCGGAACGAUGAGAAAGACUUUAAACCGACAGCUGAAAUGCCCACAGUUCCCACCGUGUCCACAGUGUCCUUCGUUGCAUUGAGGAACCACAUGGGGGCGCCACAGAACCACCAAGAUAUUCAGACCAAUGGGAGCACAGUGAUGGAGAAGACAGGGAUUGAUCCUGGGGCUGCUGGAGAGUCAAACCCUGAGGAGGAAAUCUCUGUGUCGUUCACUCCCUGGAGGAGCCACCUGAGGGCGCCGCAGAGCCAAGACGUUAACGGCUACACCCCUCCGGACUCCCCCCACAUCUACAACACCAUCGGAGGAGGGCGGGGCAACGGCGGCGGUGAUACUAACGCGACAGCACCAACCACCAAUCACCAUCCAGCUCAGGAGCUCGAGGACGAUCUCUCUGAAGCGGCCGAUGAUUGGAGAGUCGACGUUAAAGAAGUGUACGCACGAGUCAGCAAGCCGGCGAGGCUGACCACGCCCACUGAACACCACACACCUGAGGAGGCACAGGCGGAGGCGAGGGAAGGGGCGGAGUCAUCGCCUCCACUGCCGGAGAGGAGGACAGCCGUUGAGGGAUGAUGAGGAGGAUGAUGAAGGAUAAGAGACAAAGUAUGGAGGACUGAAGCUGGAGGAUGGAGAAUGAAAGACGUAGCUCUUAAACUUCACAUCACAAACAUUUCACAUCACGUUUCAUAUUUCAGACUCUCCGCUGCUCUCGGGUCUUUUCUUUAACAAUCAAAAUGUUAAAUUUCUGCUGAAAGAGAUUCCAAAGCAGUCGACCUUUAGUCACCUUUAAAUUGUUUAACAGUAUUUAUACUUUUAUAUGAACACUUAGAGAUUAUAUUAGGAUUGGUUUCUGGUGCAGACGAAUGCAGUGACUGUUUUUAAAUCUCUAAUCUCAGAGACAAAUCUGAACUUCAUGCUUCCUUUGUCUUAAAUAUUUGAUUAAAUAAAGAUUAUGUGACUAAAGUGAUGA